GGAAAGCACUGGAACAAAUUGACGGCGGUGUCUUCAAUUUACAAUCGAUUGAGGUUAUAGUUACUGUAAUUGUAUGCUUGAACUUCACUUGCAGCAAAAGUUUGCAGGAUUCAGCAGAAUUAAGUGACCUUAAAUUGCUGUAUGAUGAGUUAUUAAUUUGUAUAAUUUAUUCUGUACUCCACAUUAACGGUGUAUUGUGACUGUAAGGUGUGGAAGAGAGCAACCACAACCAGGAACAUGUAGAAAGCUUUUAAUUUUUUAUUUUUAUUUUUUUUUAAUUUGUGUGCUGGUUUAUAAGUAUAAUUGCUUAUGUCCUCAUCAUGAUACCACUGUGGUGUAUGCUGUUGUUACGUCACAAAUGAUAAAAAAUUCUGAUUGUAGAGUUCUAGAGAUGCUUUGGGAAAGAAACCAUGUUUGUCACAGUAUCUUGAAGAGUAUUUUAGCUUUUUUGGCUAUGAGUUCAAAGAUAAGCUUUGUGUAUAUUUUAUGUUGUAUGAGACACCUGUACUAAUGUACCAUUUUUUUUCAGGUACCUCAUUGAUACCUUGCAGAAGCAAUGGAGGCAAUGGUGAAAACCCUGUUGUAAUUAAAACAUAAAGAAAAAGUAUUCUUUGCUGUGAAAUACUCUUAGUAUCAUUCAAUGCCUACUAUUUCAGAAGAAGAAAAGGAGAAUGGUUCUGGAAAUAAUGGAAACACUGAAAACAGACCUGGGAAAGAAUCCCCAGAAGCUUCUCUUCAUGAUCCCGUGAAGCCAUACUGCAUGUCAGAUGCCUCCACUGCAUCCUUGGUAUCUAGGGAAGAUGGGCAUUAUCCAUGGGGAUGUCCUGUGACUCAUACAAGAGAGAAGUUUUAUACCAUCUGCUCAGACUAUGCUUUUCUAAACAGAGUAACAUCUAUUUGUAAAAGUCCAAGUGCUUCCGUUAGUGCCUGCCUAUCAAGCAGUGCUGCCUUAAACAUUGGAAAUAACACACCUAACUUACUCAGUGUUCAAACUGGUGCUUCAGAGAUUAUCUACAGUGAAGAUGCUAACUUGGAAAGCCUGCCUAGCAAUCUUGGAAAGCUUCCACUGGCAUGGGAAAUAGACAAGUCGGAGUUCAAUGGCGUGAACUCAAAUAUGAAGAAUAAAGCAGGCAACAUGAAGAAACAAGGGACAAAGAAAAAAUCAGUGGAAAAAAAACCCAAACAAUACAGAGAGUGUCCUCAGCAUUCAGCUCUUGAAGAUGUGAAGGAAAGAAAAGUGUUGGACCUUCGGAGAUGGUAUUGUGUUAGCCGACCUCAGUACAAGACUUCCUGUGGAAUUUCAUCUUUAGUGUCUUGCUGGAAUUUCUUAUAUAGUACACUGGGAGCUGGAAGUUUACCCCCCAUCACUCAAGAAGAAGCUUUGCAUAUACUGGGCUUUCAGCCCCCAUUUGAGGAGAUUAGGUUUGGUCCCUUCACUGGAAAUACAACUCUAAUGAGAUGGUUUAGGCAAAUAAAUGAUCACUUCCAUAUCAAGGGAUGUUCGUACGUUCUUUAUAAACCUCAUGGAAAGAACAAGACAGCUGGAGAAACUGCUGCAGGGGCCCUUGCAAAGCUAACACGAGGACUGAAAGACGAAUCAAUGGCCUACAUCUACCAUUGCCAAAACCAUUAUUUUUGCCCAAUUGGAUUUGAAGCAACCCCAGUGAAAGCUAGUAAAGCCUAUAGCAGAGGUCGUGUCUUGCAGCAAGAAGUAGAAUACUGGAUCUUAAUUGGAGAGCCCAGCAGAAAGCAUCCAACAAUACACUGUAAAAGGUGGACAGAUAUUGUCACCGACCUAAACACUCAAAAUCCAGAAUAUCUAGAUAUUCGACACCUAGAGAGAGGAUUGCAACAUCGAAAAACAAAGAAGGUUGGGGGAAAUCUUCAUUGCAUCAUUGCCUUUCAGAGACUUAACUGGCAAAGAUUUGGUCCUUGGAAUUUUCCAUUUGGAAAUGUUAGACAGAAUAAACAAUCCCAAACACAAGGGCAAGGAAUUUCCAAAUCUGAGAGUGAAGACAAUAUAUCCAAGAAACAACAUGGACGACUGGGUCGAUCUUUCAGUGCUAGCUUUCAUCAAGAAUCCAUGUGGAAGAAAUCUAAUCUUCGGGAGAGGAGGAACAGUGGGUAUCAGAGUUAUAAUGAUUAUGAUGGAAAUGAUUAG